CUGCACCGGGGCUCGGCGAGAAGAAAGGGGAGGGAGAGAGACGAAGGCAGGCAGGAAGAAGCCGCCUCCAGCUGGGCUCUUGCGUUCCUCGCUUCCAGGAGCCGGGAAGAAGGAAGCUUAGAUCAUGGGGAGCAGUAAAAGUAAACCCAAAGACCCUAACCAACGGAGACGCAGUUUGGACUCCACAGAAAACAUACAUGGCAGCUGCUCUACCUCUCAAACACCCAGCAAGACCACAGUCCCAGAAACUCAUCGCACCCCUAGUCGAUUAUUUGGAAGUACAGCUACAGAACCAAAGCUCUUUGGGGGAUCAAAUACAUCAGAUAUGGUCACUUCUCCUCAGCGCUGUGGGGCUCUAGCUGGUGGAGUCACCACAUUUGUGGCCCUCUAUGAUUAUGAAUCACGGACAGAAUCAGAUCUUUCUUUCAAAAAAGGAGAACGCCUCCAAAUCCUCAACAACACGGAAGGAGAUUGGUGGCUGGCUCACUCCCUCACAACUGGCCAGAAAGGCUACAUCCCCAGUAACUAUGUCGCACCUUCAGACUCCAUCCAAGCAGAAGAAUGGUAUUUUGGCAAGAUAACCCGCCGAGAAUCUGAACGGUUACUGCUCAAUCCAGAGAAUCCCCGAGGGACUUUCCUGGCAAGAGAGAGUGAGACCACAAAAGGUGCCUACUGCCUCUCUGUCUCAGAUUUUGACAAUGCCAAGGGCCUCAAUGUGAAGCACUACAAGAUUCGCAAACUGGACAAUGGUGGCUUUUAUAUCACGUCCCGCACACAGUUCAGCAGCCUUCAGCAGCUAGUGGCUUAUUACUCCAAACAUGCAGAUGGUUUGUGCCACCGUCUCACCAAUGUUUGCCCAACAAGCAAGCCUCAGACACAGGGCUUGGCAAAAGAUGCUUGGGAAAUCCCCCGGGAAUCAUUGCGGCUAGAGGUCAAACUUGGACAAGGCUGCUUUGGAGAAGUAUGGAUGGGGACCUGGAACGGCACCACCAGGGUAGCAAUCAAGACUCUAAAGCCUGGGACAAUGUCUCCAGAAGCAUUUCUACAGGAGGCCCAGGUCAUGAAGAAACUGCGCCAUGAAAAGCUGGUGCAGCUGUAUGCUGUAGUUUCAGAAGAGCCUAUUUACAUCGUAACAGAGUACAUGUGCAAAGGGAGCCUCCUGGAUUUUUUGAAGGGAGAGAUGGGCAAGUAUCUGAGACUGCCCCAGCUGGUGGACAUGGCUGCACAGAUUGCCUCUGGCAUGGCCUACGUGGAAAGGAUGAACUACGUUCACAGAGAUCUCCGAGCUGCCAACAUCCUUGUGGGGGAGAAUCUGGUGUGCAAAGUAGCUGACUUUGGAUUGGCACGACUGAUUGAGGACAAUGAAUACACAGCAAGACAAGGUGCUAAAUUUCCCAUCAAGUGGACUGCUCCAGAAGCUGCUCUGUAUGGUCGGUUCACUAUCAAGUCAGAUGUCUGGUCCUUUGGAAUACUGCUGACUGAACUUGCCACCAAAGGUCGAGUGCCAUAUCCUG